AUGCGCCUAUGCUACGUCGGAUCGACGAGCAACGAGUCCUCCACGAUCCUCUUUCACUUCACAGUCAGCUUCUCGGCCUCCGAUCAGCCGCGGCUGACCUUUGCCGCCCGCUACAGCACCCUCCGGAGCGUCUACCGUGAGGUGAGGCUCGACGCGAGUUGCCGGGCCUCGUUUCCGCCCUUCCCGCCAAAGAGCAACCUCUCUCGCCAGACCAAGAAAUUCCUGGACCGGCGCGGCAACGCGCUGGCAGCGUGGCUCGAGGUCCUGUUUUCGGACCACAGCCUCGCAGCGCUCGGCGCUGAUCUGCUGGCCAGUGCGACCGCAGCGCCCGUCGCCGCCGAAGCGUCGCCGGUCUGCUUCCCGCGCUCGCCGGCCCGGCAGGCCUCGGCGGUCGCCGGCGGAGACGGUCUCAGCAGCGGCGGCGGCGGCGGUGGCGGCGGCGGUGGUGGUGGUGGCGGUGGCGGCGGCGGCCACCUGCCGCUCGCCGUCGCCUGCUACGCCGCCGGCAUGGGUCUGGCGGCCGCGCUGGCUGCACCGCGCCGGGAAGGUUCCGAGACGCUUCCUGCGGAAGGGCGGGAAGAGGGCGAGGCGCUCGCCGCGGCGACGGCGAAGGCAUCGGCGGAAGAGGCGGAGGUGCGGGCGCCGAAGCUCGUACGGACGGCGGCGGCGGCGGCGGAGGCGGCGGUGGAGGCGGCGGAGGCGGAGGCGGGGGCGGAGGCGGAGGCGGAGGUAGCGGAUGCAGAGGAGGGGGGGGAGGCGGAGGCGGAGGCGGAGGCGGAGGCGGAGGCGGCGGGGGACCCGUGCGUGCGUGCGGCGGCGCCCGCCGUCGUCGUCUCUCCUCGAGACUCGCUCGUGGUGCGCGUCCGCCUCAAGUCCGUCGACGGCACGCGCGUGCGCCUGGUGCAGCGGUCGGUGGACGCGCCUGCUCUCGCCGUGCCGCGGGGCUACGUGCGGCUCCGGCUCGCGUGCGGAGGGUACCAGAUACGCGCCGUGGCGCCCGACCGCUGCACCACCGUCUACGUCAACGCCCUCGACCCGAACGGGUAUGUCCCGAAGCCGGUAGUGCGAACCACAAUGCCCGACCGGGCAAUGACGGUGGCGAAGGCGGCGCAGGCGGCGGAGAGGCAUCGCAAGACGGGGAAGUGGCGUUGA